CAAAAUCUGACGUUUGUGUCCCACAGUGAAUGAUUUCGUAAUUUUGAUGGAAAUUUAGAGAAUAAACAAAAAAAAAUAAUAAACGAAAUUAUCUCGGCACAGUUACUACGUCAUUGUUAUACGUUAUUAUCGAAGGGAUUAGUUAAUGCGGCAUACGUGUCCCACAAGAGAGCGAUUUGUAAAUAAAACGUCAGUUAAAAAACAAAUUUACGAUCACAGUACACAUUGCAAUCGUAUUACAAUAAAAGUCCGAUCCGCAUUUGAAAAACAACACAGUAUUUUUCAGAAAAUCAUUCAAAGAGCAUCAUUUACGAAAUAUUGUGACAGCAACUUUAACCACUGAGUAUUUUUGAAAUAAUUCAAAGAAAAGUCAUUCCAUUCGAAGCACGUGAAGAAAAAAGACACAACAAUGGCAUAUAGUCGCGAAGAGUUUCACAAAAUGCCGAAAUACACUGCAUAUGGCAACGGUGACAUCCGAGCCCAAUUGGCCGAAUUCAUUAUGAACUUUGAAUUUCCACGUGAUGUGGUUUCGAUUCUGAUCGCUGCUUUAGUAUUUUACAUCACAUUGAGACUGUUACGAUUCUCAAUUCAACUCUUCGCCUCACUGCUGCGUCCAAUUGUUUUUGUUCUUCUCAUUUUGAUUGCAUUGCCAUACCUCUACGAAAUGAAAUCGGGCGUCGUAUCAAAUCAAACAGUUCGCAAUGUCUAUUCAUCGACCGAAACAUUUUUCGGUUAUGUGUACAAUACGUUGAAUUCCAUUUAUACGCACACAAUUCGUUUUUAUGCCAAACAGUUUUAGUUUUAUGUAUUCAUAAGAUGAAUCGUUCAUAUUAUAAAAGACCAUCCAAUGUGUAUUCCAAAGAAUUUGUUGAAAGUCACAAAAUUCUUCUUGCCCAAAACGUUACCAAUAAAUAAAAUGUAUGAAACAAAAAC